AUGAUCUUGCUCAUAGUCCUGGCCGCGUCACUGGUGGCGUCGACGAUCGCCGAAUCCUACGAGGACAGAGAAUACAUUCAGUACAGAGGUCCUCCAGCGCCAUUGACCAGCGAUGGGAUGGUCAUGGACACGCCGGAAGUGGCCCAUGCGAGGGCUGCCCACCUAGCGUUGCACGCUGAAACGAUGGCCAGACUGAGGAAGGCUCAGAACGAUUACGAGAUGUACGAAAAUAACGAAAUGUCGUACAUGCCGCAAGUGAUGGACCCUGUCGAGACCGUGAUGCAGAAGAGGCAGAGGCAGAGGGAAUACAUGCCUUUGGAAAGCGAUGGAAAUGCUAUGGAGAAUCCCGAGAUGACAGAUGCGAAGAGUUCUCGUUUGACAACGCGUGCACGAGCAGCCUCGAAGGCGUCGGAAUUUUACGAGUUUGACAUCUUCGAUGGACGAAAAAAUUUGGUUUACCUUGCACCCGUUCGAGUCACUUACAAACACGCGCCAACAAUGGGUUACAGAGGACCACUAGCGCCACUCGGCCCUGAUGGCCGCGUCGUGGAUACACCGGAAGUGAUGAGGGCGCGCGAGGCGCAUAUGAAGGCACACGCUCGCGCUGUAGCACUCUCCACUCAGAACGAUCUUUAUUAUUAAAACGAGAUAGGAUUUCUUUUCUUGAUUCGAUCAUAUCUCUGAUACGUACGUAUGUGUUAUUAAACCGUUUUAGUUUUGGUAUUUCUGUUUAAUUAAUUCUGAUAAAUAUCUUUAUGAAAAUAUAAGUAAGGAAAUAUUAAAUUUUUUUUGUGAAACGAUAGAUAUUUUUACUACGUUUCUUACGUUUUUUACGUUUUUACCCGAACAUAUUCGAAUUUAUUGUAAAAUUAUAUGCGUAUAAUUACGCCACGAAAAUUGGAUCGCUCGAUUUUUCUUAAAAUAAAAUCGUUCAAUUUUCCGUCGAAUUGUUCGUGCAAUGUAACUUUUGCAGCAAUUAUUAUUGAGAGCAGAUUGUGUCGUACCUGAUUUUUUACAUAUUUUUUUGACAGUUGGGAUUUUCGACGGUUUGACGAAAAUUGAACGAAAACUUCUCUCUCCCCCCCUCCGAUACCAGUUUUGUAAAUAAUAUUACUUAUAUACACUCAACUUGAAUCCAUUUAUUUUACGUAAAAUAACCAUUUUGUUGUUUCACAUUGCUAUUGCUGCAAUUUGAAUUUUAUUGCCAUACAAUUGUUAAUGAAUAAUAUAUGUGAUUUUAGAUUUUUAGAUUUUUAAGAUAAUAUAUAUUUAUGAUGGUAGAUAUUAAGGUACCUUGUGAAAAAAUGAAUCGUAUGUUACUUAGAAAAUUUGUCAUUCUUGCCACCGAAGUGUAUUCUAUAUUUUUUACUGUCUUUGCAGUGGAAUAAAAUAUGAAUGUGUCUCUCGUUUACACCUCUUAUUC